AGAUUCCAAACUCCUAGCCCCGAGCAAACCAGAACUCAGAAGACGAUAAAUUGUUUUUUUAAUUCUCCGUUUGGUGCAGUCUCGUCUCGUUCCACUUCCUCCCGUGUUAUAAAUUAAAGAAAUUUCAAAAAAAAAAAAAAAAAAAUUCAGGAGAGGAGAUCGGAGACAAGGGAGAAGAGAGAUUCUUUGGAUCUAGAUCUCCUUGACACUCUCUCAGCCCUAAUUUCUUUGUCUUCCUCUCUCUGUAAUGCCAUGGCGAAUCAUCGAUCCGUUGCGUUUCACUUCUGGAUCUAUUCUCUCCUUCUGCUCUUUGUCCAAGGAAAUUGCUUCUACCUCCCUGGUGUUGCUCCAGAGGAUUUCGAGAAGGGGGAUCUUCUGAAGGUUAAAGUGAACAAACUAACAUCUACAAAGACACAGCUUCCUUUUUCAUACUAUUCUCUUCCUUACUGUCAUCCAGGUCGCAUAAUUGACAGUGCAGAAAAUCUUGGGGAAGUUCUUCGUGGUGAUCGCAUUGAAAACUCRCCUUAUGUGUUUAAGAUGAGGGAACCGCAGAUGUGCAAUGUUGUCUGUCGGGUAAUACUUGAUGCAAAAACAGCGAAGGAAUUCAAGGAAAAGAUAGAGGAUGAAUAUCGGGUCAACAUGAUUUUGGAUAAUCUUCCUCUGGUUGUUCCUUUACGAAGGUCUGAUCAGGAAUCUGUGACAAUCUAUCAACAUGGCUUUCAUGUUGGGCUCAAAGGGCAAUAUACUGGAAGCAAGGAUGAAAAACAUUUUAUCCACAACCAUUUGCAAUUUACUGUCAAGUUUCACAAAGAUCCAUUAACAGACUCUGCAAGGAUUGUGGGAUUUGAGGUCAAACCAUUUAGCGUUAAACACGAAUAUGAAGGUCAAUGGAAUGAGAAGACUCGGUUAACCACCUGUGACCCCCAUGCAAAACGAACAGUUACCAACUCUGAUUCUCCUCAAGAAGUUGAUGAGAAUAAGGAAAUUAUAUUCACAUACGAUGUUGAAUUUGAGGCAAGUGAUGUGAAGUGGGCAUACCGAUGGGAUACCUACCUCCUAAUGGCUGAUGACCAAAUACACUGGUUCUCAAUUGUUAAUUCUUUGAUGAUUGUUCUUUUCCUAUCGGGCAUGGUUGCCAUGAUCAUGCUGCGAACAUUGUACCGUGACAUAUCCAAGUACAACCAGUUGGAGACCCAAGAAGAAGCCCAAGAAGAAACAGGAUGGAAAUUGGUUCAUGGAGAUGUUUUCAGACCACCGACAAACUCAGAUCUACUCUGUGUCUAUGUUGGGACAGGUGUACAAUUUUUUGGGAUGAUACUUGUCACCAUGAUUUUUGCUGCUUUAGGGUUCCUCUCCCCCUCAAACAGGGGUGGGUUGAUGACGGCCAUGUUACUACUAUGGGUUUUUAUGGGUCUGUUUGCUGGUUAUUCUUCUGCUCGUCUAUACAAGAUGUUUAAGGGAACUGAAUGGAAGAAAAGCACUCUCAAAACUGCAUUUAUGUUCCCUGCAAUUGUGUUUGCCAUUUUCUUUGUCUUGAAUGCUCUCAUUUGGGGGCAAAAGUCAUCAGGUGCAGUGCCAUUCGGGACUAUGUUUGCUCUUGUUUUCCUAUGGUUUGGAAUCUCAGUCCCACUUGUGUUUGUGGGUAGCUAUGUUGGGUUCAAGAAGCCCGCUAUUGAGGAUCCAGUGAAGACAAACAAGAUCCCAAGGCAAAUUCCGGAGCAGGCCUGGUACAUGCACYCAAUCUUUUCAAUUCUUAUUGGAGGGAUACUUCCAUUUGGAGCUGUCUUCAUCGAGCUCUUCUUCAUACUCACAUCAAUCUGGUUGCAGCAGUUCUACUACAUUUUCGGCUUUCUUUUUAUUGUCUUCCUGAUCCUCAUUGUCACUUGUGCUGAGAUUACAAUCGUGCUCUGUUACUUCCAGCUCUGCAGUGAGGACUACUUGUGGUGGUGGAGGUCUUACUUGACAUCAGGAUCAUCUGCUCUGUACCUCUUCCUCUAUGCCACCUUUUACUUCUUUACAAAACUUGAGAUCACGAAGCCAGUUUCUGGGGUGCUGUACUUUGGCUACAUGCUCAUUGUCUCGUAUGCAUUCUUUGUGCUGACUGGAACGAUUGGUUUUUAUGCUUGUUUCUGGUUUACAAGGCUCAUAUACUCUUCAGUGAAGAUUGAUUAACUGAUGCAGUCAGACGGGGCUUCACCAUUCUGUAUGAAGAAGCCGAAAUUAUUCAAGGGGAGAUUGCAUAUGAGCAUGUGGGGAUUCUCUUCUGACCGAGUUAGCAUCUUAGAUUCAGUUUUGCAUAUUAAAGGGCUCUUGAUUAUGUUGUCAUAGCAAUUGUUUUUCAAUUUCUAUUAUAACUUCCUAGUUACUCUCCUGUUUACUCUCUUUCUUUCUUCAUUCUUAUCUGUAAUUUUUCUUUUCCCUUGAUGGGAUGGGACCUACGAGGGAAUGGUUUAAGGCAUUCCUACCAAACAAUAUGCAUGUUUUAGAAAUGAUAAAAAAGAUUCUUGUAUUGCUACUGUAGAAC